AUGGGCGCUCUGCCCAAGUGUGAAGUAUGCCAGUAUCAUCAUUCCGGCCAGUGCAGAUUAAGGAAAUGUGAGUCUUGUGGGAAGACUGGCCACUCAAAAGAUACAUGCUGGGCUGGUACUGGUGUUGGCCGUAGUAAUCAAAGGGGUUAUGGAAGUGGGAAUGGGAACCGCCAACAGGGAGGAAAUAGCGGGAAUGGAAAUCGUGGAAAUGCUGGGAAUCAAGCUAGUAACCAGGGAGCGAACAUCAAUCGAGGCGGUAAUGGGAACGGUAAUGGUCGAGGACCAGGGUGUUUCAAUUGUGGAGACAUGGGGCAUUUCAAGCGGGAGUGCCCAAAACUCAAUCAGGCACAAGGAAGAGUUUUUAAUAUCGGUGCGAGGGAAGCACGCCAAGAUCCAAAUGUCGUUACUGGUACGUUCCCUAUUAAUUAA